AUGCACCCGUUACUUUAUCCUUCACAAAUUCAGGCAAGGAACACAGCAUAUCAAGAACGUCUGCUCAACUUAAGACAGAACAAUAUAGGACUUUGCACCUGUAUCAAUAGUGCAUUGACCAGAUUCCCCCAUCCACCAUCAGUGACCACAGCAUUGUCUAACCUUGAGUCUCAAGCUCAGGACCUUUAUGAACAUCUGGAAGUGAAAGAUCCGCGAUCCAAUAUCAGCUUUUCCUAUUUCUCCAAAGGAUGGUCCGAAGCCUUCUACCAGGAAGAUUUCAGUGAUUCCGAAAUCGAAAAACAGAUCAUUGUCUUCCAAGAGGAUGACAAAAAACUAUCCACUGCCUUCCAAGAGGAUGAUGUCUCCACUCUUCCAUGGCUAAAAACCACACCAUCCGUAUAUUCAGAUAUUCGGACCAUCAAAACCUGGUUGACCGAGUACCAAAGAGAAGAACUGAAAAAGGAACUGAAUGGUAAAGUUUCACAUGCGACGUACCUCCUGAGCCGACUGGGAGUACUCUUAACAGAUAUGAGAAACACAUGGGCUCCUCCGGGAAUUGAGGUUGGAGAUACUGAUGGCAAUGGGGACCAAGGGACCUAUGAGAGAUUAGGAGAAGGAGAUCAAGGGAUACUGAGUAAAAUGGAGGGAGCUAGACGAAGUACGGCUAAGUUAGCAGAGCAGGAUGUUGGGGAUAUGGCGAGCAGUUCGAUGCACCACGGCGAAUUAGCCGUAGUUCCCCAACAAGUACCCUGUCUCAGUGAGACAUCGACGCCCCAAGACAACGUAUUUAGCCAGGGUUUGUUGACCGUCGGUCAGUAG